GAUUGUUUUCAUUAAUAGUUAGUCCAUAGGAAAUAUACCUAUCCCACAAUAGAAACUUGCUAUGUCCAUCUAAUGGAAGAAUGGAACCAUGUUACAAUUUAGGACCAAUAUCCAAUGCACCACCAACAAACUCUCAACCAUUUUUACCAACCAAAUUUACUUUACCUCCAAAACUAUAACCUUAAAGAUGGAACCCCAACAACAUUCCAAGAGACCCAUUUGCCCAACUUGUACAAAACCUCUUGGUCUUUGUCUUUGCACUAGAAUUAAGACCCCAAAUCUUAACAAUAAAGUGCAUGUCACCAUUCUCCAACAUAGUUUAGAGAAGAAUCACCCCCUUAAUUCUGCUAGAAUUGCUAAACUCGGCCUGAGAAAUGUUGAUGUUUAUACUGUCACUGAUGUUAUGUUUGAAGCUCAGUUUAAUGUUGUACCAUUGAUGGAAAGGAAUGUGGAAACUUUGGUAGAAGGAGAAUGCACACCAAGUGUUUGUGAAAAUGCCCAUGAGAGUGUGGAAUUUGACAGAAGUUUAGGAGUUAGAAGAUAUGGAAAAAGAGACUUUGAUCAGUUUUCUGAUCUUGAUUCAGGAAAUGGGUCUGUUGAUAUUUCCGAUUUUGAGCAUUUUUCGAAUUCCUUGCUAGGAAACAUCGACGAAAGUCGCAACUUUGAUGGAUCUUUGAUCAAGAAAGAUGAUCAUUUACUUGAGCAAUGUGAGGAUCAUAAAGCUUUAUUGAGUAUGAAAAUUGGUAAAUAUGGUGAAAUUAGCAGUAUUUCACAUCAUUGGAAUCGUGAAAAUGAAGAAAAAACGACUAAAAUCGAGCAUUUGCUCACCGUUCCAGAGAUUAUUGAAUCUCUAGCAGGAGGGUUUGCGGUGAAGAAGCUGCAAAAGAAGCAGAAAAUUGGUAGUCUUGAACUAGAACAAUUUGUAGAGUUUGAAAUAACAGUUCCUCCUGGAUCAGUACUCCUAUUUCCGACCCAAAAAGCAGUGCCAGCCGAAGCUAUUGACUUCGAUGUGAAGAACUUGAUUGUAUUGGACGGAACAUGGCCGAAAGCAAAUAGAAUGUAUAAUGAGAAUCCAUGGCUGAGAAUUCUACCAUCUGUGAGGUUAGAUGUGCAGAAAAUGAGCUUGUUUAAAGAAGUCAGGCAUCAGCCUAAACCCGGAUAUCUGUCCACCAUUGAGAGCGUUGUGUAUGCACUCAAGGAACUGGAAGGAAGUCAGAAAUUGGUGGGUUUGGGCAACUUACUGGAUUGUUUUGCGUCCAUGGUUGAAGAUCAGAGACGAUGCAAGGAUGAUCGACUAAAGAAGCUUUCUAUAUGAUGUUACUUGUGAUGUCUAUGUCAUAUACUACUGUUUUUGAGUACUUCAGAACCAUGAUCCAUCUUUGUAGCUGGAACUAGUCAUGAAUGUUGAUUGUUAAUUCAUAUUAUCGACUUGUUGGACUAACUAGUAAAAGGAGGUUAGAGGGACCCAA